AUGGCUGUGGCCACUGCUCCUUCUGCCGCCUCAGAAAUACGUCCUGUUAUAAUAUCGACAGGUAAAUAUGGCGCUUGUAGGGGGGUUGGCGCUGGUGGUGUGGUCGUUAUGUGCGCUGAUGCCGAACUAAGGUUGUUUAUGGGUAAAAACCCAGCACGUUUCUUUUGCGGUGCAACAGGAGGCGGAAAGGGGCCCCUUGGCCUCCAAUCCCAGGCGGGUAACAGACAGACAGGCGGGCAUACAGACACAGAGCGCCAUGCCGGCAGCAACAAGAAGAAACCAGCACCCGCAGAACUAGCAGCACGGGGAGCAGCGAGGGGGAACAGCAACAGCAGCAACAGCAGCAACAGCAGCAGCAACAGCAGCAGCAGCAACAGCAGCAGCAGCAUCAGCAGCAAGCGUGACAUCGAUGCCCUCUUUGCACCCCUCAAGGCGGCACAGCAGCAGCGGCAACAGCAGCAGAAGGUUGAGCGGGAGCGGCAACGGCAGCGGAUGCUUUGGCAGCAGCAGAAGAAGAAGAAACACAAGAAGGGGGAGCAGCAAAAGCAGCAGCAACCCCCACCGGGAGUUGCUGCUGCUGGACUUCGGAAGAGAACCACUGACGGUUUGCCUAUAUACUCGCUUGAGGAGCUCAAAAUUGCAGUAGCUUUUGCUGCGGCAGCACAUCUGAGUACGCAAAACAGCUCUAUUAGGGGAGGCAAAGCUCAUUGA